CAUUUCUUUAAAUUGAUGUCUGAUCCACCGCUUUACCCCGUUAUGUUAUUUACAAUUAAUCUCGGAAUGUAAUUGGAAACUGCACGCAGCUGACUUUACAACAAAUGCUCACAUUACCAAAGCCAGAUGGCCAAUGAGGCGAAGCCGUGUCCAUGUGACAUGGGAUACAUGAUGGAGUACGGAGGUGUUGGCCAGGAGGUCCAGAUAGAACACAUCAAGGCCUACCUGGUCAAGCCUCCCUCUGAUUCAGACAAGGCUGUCAUCAUCAUCCAGGACAUCUAUGGCUGGAAGCUACCCAACACCAGAUACAUGGCUGACAUGCUGGCCUCCAAUGGAUACAUUGCAGUGUGCCCUGACUUCUACGUUGGAAAGGAGCCAUGGAGUCCAUCACAUGAUUGGUCUACCUUUCAGCAGUGGCUGGAGGACAAGAAGCCCACCAAUAUCAACAAGGAGGUGGACGCAGUACUGAGGUUUCUGAAGAGCCAGUGUGGGGCACAGCGUAUUGGGGCAGUGGGCUUCUGCUGGGGGGGGGUGGCCACCCACUACCUGGCUCUGCAGUACCCUGAGGUCAGGGCAGGGGUAUCUGUCUAUGGAAUCAUCAGAGAGAGGGAGGACAGGUAUGAACUCAAGAGCCCAACACUGUUUAUCUUCGGAGAGAAGGAUGAUGUCAUCCCACUGGACCAGGUGAGUGUCCUGGAGAAGAACCUGCAGGAGAAGUGUACAGGUGUAGACUACCAUGUGAAGGUCUUCCCAGGUCAGACUCAUGGCUUUGUUCACCGGAAGAGAGAGGACAUCAACACCACAGACCAGCCCUGCAUCCAGGAGGCCAGGACAGACAUGCUCAACUGGUUACAGAAAUACAUGUAGAAUAUCUACAGUGCAGUUGUCUAUCAUCUGCCGUCCAUGGUAGAGUGAACGGAAAGGAGAAAAACACAAAUCCAAUUUCACUACACCACUAACCUUAUUAAAAAGUAAUAGCUUAUAGAAUUGAUCAUCAGCUCUGAGGUCAUUUCCACACAUGUCCUUUCUGAAUAGCAGCCUAUCUGGUGAUUAUCAUGUCCUUGAUUUAUCAUGAUCACAUUCAAGCUGACGGGGUGUUUUAAUGUUUUAAUGUGGAAUCUGCAGUUGCCAUAUUUGUAGUAGACCUUAGUUUUGUACCUUUUUCUUGCAGUACAUUGUAUACAUCAUCUCUUCCUUGUAUACAUCAUCUCUUCCUUGGAUACAUCAUCUCUUCCUUGGAUACAUCAUCUCUUCCUUGGAUACAUCAUCUCUUCCUUGGAUACAUCAUCUCUUCCUUGUAUACAUUCUGUACAUUUUGCAUACAUUAUCUGUUCAUUUUGUGUAUCCAUUGUACACAUUACCUCUUCAUUGUAUACAUUAUCAAACCAGGCAUUACUUAACUGCAAAGUGUAAUUGUCAUUAUAAAAAUGCAAGUAUAUUUUAUUUCUGAUUUGAUGUUUGUGUAUAAUGUCAUGUAAUACCCAAUGAUAUCAAUAAAGAUAUUUUGCUUCA